AUGCAGGUUACAUUGGAGAAGGUCCUUGGUGUAACUGCAUUAAGUGGCAGUGGGCUAGCAUGUGACUCCAGUACAGGGCUGGUAGCAUAUCCUGCAGGGUGUGUGGUGGUUCUUUUAAAUCCAAAGAAGAAUAAACAAAGCCAUAUACUCAAUGCAUCCAGAAAAACAUUUACUGCUUUGGCGUUUUCACAAGAUGGAAAAUACUUGGUCACUGGUGAGAGUGGUCACAUGCCGGCUGUACGCGUUUGGGACGUGGCUGAAAAGACCCAAGUGUCUGAGGUCCAUUGCCACAAGUAUGGCGUGUCCUGCGUGGCUUUCUCUGCCAAUUCCAGCUACAUCGUGUCUGUGGGCUACCAGCACGACAUGACCGUCAACGUGUGGGAGUGGAAGAAAGGCACGGUAAUUGCUUCAAACAAAGUCUCCAGUAAAGUGACGGCAGUGUGCUUCUCGGAGGACAGCAGCUACUUUGUGACGGUGGGGAACAGACACGCCAAGUUCUGGUAUUUGGACGCAUCUAAAGAGCGCAGGAUAAACAGCACUGUGCCGCUGAUUGGCCGCUCGGGGAUCCUCGGGGAGCAGAGGAACAAGCUGUUCUGCGGGGUGGCGUGUGGCAAGGGCAGAAUGGCCAGCAGCACUUUCUGCAUCACCAGCUCUGGGCUGCUAUGCCAGUUCAAUGAGAAGAGGCUGCUGGACACCUGGAUUGACCUGAAGGCUCCAGUCUCUAACUGCAUCGUCGCGAGUGAAGACUUUGUGUUCUGCGGCUGUGCGGAUGGCACGGUCAGAGUGUUCAGCCCCCAGGACCUGCGUUACAUCACCAGCCUUCCCAAGCCCCACCACCUGGGAGUGGACGUUGCCAAGGGAACAGAGCCAAGUCACCUGUUUGACCAGAAUCCAGAUGCAGGGUACCCGGACGCUGUGGCCCUGGCCUUUGAUCCGUCCACGCGCUGGCUGUCCUGCGUGUACAGCGACCACAGCCUCUACGUGUGGGACGUGACGGACUUGAGGAAGGUGGGAAAGGUGAACUCCGCCCUCUACCACAGCGGCUGCGUCUGGAGCGUCGAGACGUACCCGGAGCUGGAGGAGCGUUCCCGGUCCUGCCUUCCUGCCGGCUCCUUCCUCACCUGCUCGUCGGACAGCACCAUCAGACUCUGGAACACGGACGGCAGCUCAGCCGCUACUGGGAUCGGCGUCGCCGGCUUCCGCAAGAACUUCUACAGCCAUGACCUGCUCAAGGUGGUGUACGUGGGGAAUAACAUCCAGCAUCUCCAGGACACUGCGGAGAAGGCAGAUGGCGCUGACCUCAAGGCUGGGAUCAGGGUGCUGGCAGUCAGCCCCGAUGGGCAACACCUGGCGUCGGGAGACCGCAACGGGAACCUCCGGAUCUAUGACCUGCAGUUCUUGGAUGAGCUGAUGAAUGUUGAAGCGCACGAUUCAGAAGUUCUCUGUCUGGAGUACUCCAAACCCGAGACUGGAAUGAACCUGCUGGCCACAGCUAGCCGGGAUCGCCUCAUUCACGUGCUCAACGUGGACAAGCAUUACAGCCUGGAGCAGACCCUGGAUGACCACUCUGCCUCCAUCACUGCAGUCAAGUUCGCAGGUGACGGCAGCCAAGUACGCAUGAUCAGCUGCGGUGCAGAUAAGAGUAUAUAUUUCCGGACAGCAGGAAAGUCGGCAGGCGGCAUUAACUUCUCAAGAACUCGCCAUGUUGUUGGGAAAACCACUCUGUACGACAUGGAUGUGGACGCAACGAGGAAAUACGCAGCGAUCGGAUGUCAGGAUAGGAAUAUCCGGAUCUACAGCGUUGACAGCGGGAAGGAGAAGAAAUGUUUUAAAGGCUCGCAGAGUGAGGACGGGACUCUCCUAAAGGUACAGAUGGACCGGUCUGGCAUGUUUCUGGCAACCAGUUCUUCAGACAAGAAUAUCUCCAUCUUUGACUUCUAUACAGGAGAGUGUGUGGCCACAGUGUUUGGGCAUUCAGAGAUUGUAACAGCGAUGAGGUUUAGCAACGACUGCAGACACUUGAUCACGGUUUCUGGUGACAGCUGUGUGUUUAUCUGGAGGCUGGACUCCCAAAUGACCAACUGUAUGAGGAAACGGCUUGCUGAGAUCAAGCAGGUCUGUGGCCAGCAGAGGGCAGUGAAACACCAUGUUCAGAUCAGGAGGGAAACUUAUAUCACAGUGCCCCGUGGGGGGACCACUGAGGAGGGGCAGGUGGGCAGAGAGGAGGACCUGGAGGAUGAAGGCUCCUUGCAGACCCCUGCCAAGGACUCUUCGGAUCAGGAUUUGAUGGACCCCACCUUCCUUCAGACCAAUGGGAGACUUCCAUUGUGGGCAAAGAGAAUGGUGGAGAACCCUGAGGAUGAUGGACAGGAUCGUCUCCAUAGUAACCAGUACCAGCCACGGGGGCGCUGGGCGGAGCGUGCCGAUCGGGAGCAGAUCAAAACCCUGCUGGACACCCGCUGCAGGCAGAUGUGCCUGACCCCCAGCCCCCAGAGAGAGGCAGAGGGGACAAGGGCCCGGGAGCUUCCGGAGGAGCCCAGCUUUGAACCCCAGAGCUUGGACAGUCUGCUGGGACAGGAGGACGACGAGGAGGAGGAGGAGGAGGAGGAGUUUGUCCAGGUCGGCCAGCCUUUCGCUCGGCCCAGCUUCCUGCAGCUCCCCGACGUGGAAGAGAUGUUCGGGCGGGACCUAGACUCCCCUGAGACCAGUGAUGACAUCCUGUACCCCGCUAACAGCACUGUGGCUUCCCUGGCAGGAGACGGUGACUUUGACGUGAAGGAGUUGUGUCAGGGCCCAUCCCGCAAGGCUCGGAGGUGGGGUAGAGGGGGCAGCCAGGAGAACAGCCCCGACAGUGCCUACUGCGUGGGGUCAUCUGGGAGCCAGGCCUCCAGCCAGGAGCAGCACAGAGACGACGUGGACUCCCUGAGCCAGCUGAGCUCUGCAGGCAGCUCUGGGGUGGAGGAGGAGGAAGAGGAGCCCUGCCUGUCCCGGGAUAAUCCCGUCAAGAUCGCCCCAGACCAAGAGAUGCUGUGGCACCACUUUGACACCCUGGCAGACGACCUCGCCAACGAAAAGUUUGAUACCAACUUAAAGGACCUCAAGCCGAGUUCGGACGGCCUCUUCCUGAAUCCCAGGCUGAGCAUUUCCGCAAGAUUCCUCUCUCGCUGCCAGAAUAAGCUACGGCUGGGCACUGCCUUCCCUCCCAGGAUUCUACUCUCCACUGUCAAGGUUCCGGAAGAGGAGCAGAGCGGCAAACCCCACAGCGGCCCCAAGGAGCAGGUGGAGGCAAUUUUAAAGACUUCUGAUGAGUCUUCCACUGAAUCAGCAGCUAAGGAGUUAAAGCCCAGAGUCAGGAGGCGUAGUUCCUCGUUCAACUGCAAACAGCAGAAGCCGAAGCGAAUGACGAUCGCUUUUGCCCAGAGAGAUGACCCGCAGUUGGGAGCCCUUCUCUCUGCCCAGGACAACACCCCCGUCGCCAGAAGACGCUCCCUGCCUCUCCAGAUAAAGGAGGUGUCUGUGGUCAAGCCAGGCAGGCAGAGCUACAUGGGAACAACUGCCAGCUCCCGGGCCAAGACCGCCACAAUGUCCCGCAGUGUCUCCAUGGGUGAGAUUCUGAACGCCAAGAGUGCCGAGGAGCAGCCCAGCAGUGAGUUGUACCCCAGCGGCCGGGCUGCUUCCACAGCGGACCUCUCGACCAACCAGCCGUUGAGCAGAGGGCAGGCCUGCAAGGAGAAUCUGGACCCGGGGACAGCGCCAGGAAGCCACAAGGCUCGGGCAGGCCUCCGUCUGGACCUCUGCUCCUCUUCCGAUCGUAUCCUGAUGCCCCCUCCCCUUGUCCCCAAGCCCUCCCUCUCCCUCGCGACUCCCACCGAGAUGAGAUCCCUGGGGAAGGAAGGGAAGAGCUACAUCAGUGAUAUUCUGGAGAGCAUCGGUUUGGCUCCCACCAGUCCCGUUAAGAACCAGAUCCCCUAUGAUUGUAAUCCAGAUCCCCAGCAAGCUGUCCUGAGCAGGGAGGAAACCCCUGUCUCAGUCACCCAAGUCUCUGGUUCCAGUGCUGAGCUUCAUCUGCCACGUACACCGUGCCAGGAAGAGAGGACAACGGCAGCAGACCCAGAUUCUGCUGAUGUGCCAGUGACUAUCCAGAACUGUAAGCAGGUUGUGAAUGAGCUGCAGAACACCUUGAAGAGGGCGCUGUGUCUCUACAGCAAGGUGGUGUCUUGCAACGAGAGCCCCGAACGGCAAGUCCACAUGAAAGCUAUCCUGACCGACGCCUUCUCCUCAGUGCGGAGAGAUAUUGACUCUGUGGAGAGUGGCAAGUCGCACAGCAGCGCCCCUCACGGGCCGGAAGAGGCAACUCCAUCCCCCGCACGGCAACUCAAAGACGAGAGGACCAUGGCUUUGCUGGAGCGCUACUCUGAAAUGCUGCUUCAAAUCACAGAGAAGAAACUGGACUGCAAUUGUUAACGUGUGCGGUGCAGAAAGAGAGCUUUCAGAGCCUGAAUGGGCCUGUUACAAUAUAGACUGCUUUCUCCCAAUUUUAUUUACCUGUUAUACUUUACAUCGUUUUUAAUGCUUUCCCUCAAACCCCUAGUGCAAUUUCCAUGAACCUUUUAAAGUUAUGUUUAACAAAUUAUGUUAAGACGAUCCUGUUUUUCUGUUUUGUUUUCUUAACUACCUGCCUAUAAGCUUUCUGCUCUUUUUUUUUUUUUUUAAUUGAGCGUCUGUCUCGUGUUCUCUGGGGGGUAAUUCAGAAAACAAACCAACGCCCCAAUGUUUGUUCUUUUUUUAUAUAUAAAGUUAUUGGUUUUCAUUGUACUUUUCAUUCCUAUGUAUCUCGCACAUCAACAACGUUCUGAACACAUUUCAAGUUUUAAAGUGCAAUUGUUUUUUUUUUUUUGUGGCUGUGGGAGAGGUGGUGUGUUCACUGUUAUACAGACCCUUUUCAUAAUCCCAUAUAUUGGGUGUACAUAGUGUUUCUUUAUGUAUAUAUUUAUUUUGUGCAUAACUAUUAGAGUGAAGGCUUUGUCUGUCCCUUGUCAGUGUUAUCUGUUUUUUAGUCAUGUUUUUUA